CUUCUAUCGAACUCCAGCGCGUUUUCAUCGCGAAACUUGUCCCCUUGACUCUGUUGCAUCCGAGUAAUCGUCCUCUCUUUCAGUAAAGGUUGUCCAUCAUUCACCAUGGGCGGCAGGGACGAGGCCAACGGCACUCCCGACCCUGUUGAGAAGGGGUUCGCCACCCUCAGUACUAUCCGGAUCGGUGUGAAGGCCAUGGUACAGAAAGAUGGCGAGUUACGAAAAGCGGAAAUUCUGUCCAUAAAGCAGCGUAAAGAUGGGCCCUCAUUCUAUGUCCAUUAUGUUGAUUUCAACAAGCGUCUUGAUGAAUGGAUCGCCUCGUCACGUAUCGACCUGUCGCAUGAGGUUGAAUGGCCUCAGCCAGAAAAACCAGAGAAGAAGAAAGCCGGUCCUAGUAACAAGGCUCCAAGCAAGAACGCACAGAAACGCGUCAGAGCCGAGAGUCGCGAUGUAUCAGCAACGCCUGACUUGCUCACGGGGAAGAACGCCAACGUAGGCAAAGCCCAACGUCCCUCCAAGGCGGGCGGGAAAGAGAACCGCGGCGAUGAGACACCUGUGAACCUCUCUUUCGGUGGCUCUGAAGCCGUCUCUGCUGACGGGACACCCAAACCUGAUUCUGACGAUGUGGACAUGAUCGAUGUCGGUUUCUCCAAAGAUGUCAAGGAAGAGGAGAAGGCUCUGGGCCUCAUGUCCCGCGAGGAGGAGAUUGAGAGGCUACGCACCAGCGGCAGUAUGACGCAGAACCCUACGGAGAUUCACCGUGUGCGGAACUUGACACGACUACAAAUGGGCAAGUACGAUGUGGAGCCGUGGUAUUUCUCGCCUUACCCGGCCUCUUUCUCUGAUGCGGACAUUGUGUACAUUGAUGAAUUCUGCCUGGGUUAUUUCGACAACAAGAGAUCUUUCGAGCGUCACCGCUCCAAAUGCACUCUGGUGCACCCUCCCGGAAAUGAGAUCUAUCGGGACGACUACAUCUCCUUCUUCGAGGUUGAUGGCCGGCGUCAACGGACGUGGUGCCGUAACCUCUGUCUUCUAAGCAAGCUUUUCUUGGACCACAAGACCCUGUACUACGAUGUCGACCCCUUCCUGUUUUACUGCAUGUGCAGCCGUGACGAAACCGGUUGCCACCUAGUUGGCUAUUUCUCUAAGGAGAAAGAUUCAGCAGAGGGCUAUAACCUGGCCUGUAUUCUGACCCUUCCUCAAUAUCAACGGCGUGGCUACGGCCGUCUCCUGAUCUCUUUCAGCUACGAACUGAGCAAGCGUGAAGGCAAACUUGGCUCUCCCGAGAAGCCGCUCAGUGAUCUGGGUCUGCUGGGAUACCGACAGUACUGGCGAGAAACGCUCGUGGAAAUUCUCAUGGAGUCUGGCCGGGAAAACAUCAGUGAACAUGACCUUUCGCUGCAGACCUCUAUGACUGAGAAAGAUGUCCAUGAAACAUUAGUUGUGUUCAACAUGCUCAGAUAUCAUAAAGGAAAUUGGGUCAUAGUCCUAACAGACCAAGUCGUCGAGGAGCACAAAAAGCGUCUCGAGAAAGAGAAACUCAAGGGGGCUCGUAAAAUUGACCCGGCUCGCCUGCAAUGGAAGCCACCAGUUUUCACUGCAUCGUCACGCACGUGGAACUGGUAAGCCGACAGAAAGAAAUCCAAUUCCGUGGUCCGUGGCCCUGUGACCCGGCCAUGAGAUACAUGGAUCCGUGAUAUAUACAAGACCUUCCUUCUAGCUCGCGACGUCAGCGAGGUUUGAUACCCCACUUCCUCCCCCUAUUCCCUUCACCCUUUCUCUUCUGUUUUUUUCUUCGCCUGGAGUCUCGUGGUGUUUUGAGGUCUUUAUGGUGUCUCGUAGAUAUGGGAUUCGUUAUUAUAUUGACCCUUUUUUCUUUUAGAAGUGAAGUUACCGGUGAAUGUGGACGGUAUGAAAACACUUUGUCGUGUUCUGUGGAGUAAGAAGUGAUGGUGUUCUACGGUUUGCUCUUGCGUUUAUUCGGGUCUAGAAACUUCAGUACUUUCGCACUGGUUUGAAUAUAAUGCCGCUUAGAUAUGACAGACAAAUGAAGAACUGCGAGC